GUCACGGCCUACUGAGCCAUCUUAUGAAGAGCGCCGUGCAAGAUUGGAUGCAAGGAUUCGAACGCGAGA